AACGCACCCACCUCCUGCUUGCACCGCGCUCUCGGCUCUCUCGGCGAAAAAAACAUCUUUUGAGAAGAAAAGCUAGAAUGGAGGUGUCAUCGCUGGAGGACAUUGAACGAGAGAGUCCGGACGAGGAUGCACCCUUGGAGCGAUGGGCUCCUGUCGGCUCCAGCGAGAUCGAUGACGCCUGGGACGAUCACGACACCUGCAGCCUGUCGGAGUUUGAGCGCCUGCGCCAUCUGGAGGAGGAGCAGGAGCAGCUCAACUCUUCGCUGGUCGCCCUCACCACCCACUUUGCUCAGGUCCAAUUCCGGCUCAAGCAGAUUGUCAAUGCCUCCCAAGAAGAGAAGGAGGUGCUCUUGAAAGAGCUCGAGGAGUUUGCCUUUCGUGGGAUCCCAGACCUGCGUUCUUAUCAGACCGGCGUGGGAAUCUUGCUCUCCGAGACCGAACAAGAACAGGAAGAGAAACUAGAGCAGCAACGGCAGAAACAGAAGGAGCUCAUCGAGCAGCUGAAAGAGCAGUUGGAGGACCUCGAGAAGUACGCCUUUGAGACGGGCGAAGCGGGCAUGCCGUCGAGCAUGGUCCUGGAGCGUCAGACGGUCAUCAUCGAGCACCUCAAGGAAAAGCUACCGCUGAACCUUGACGAGCUAGACCUGCUCGAUCCGGACGAUCUCCGGAAACAGAUUGACCAGGCUGUGAGAGAGAUGGUGAAUCCGGUGAAGAUGAAGGAGCAGCUGGUGUCACAGUUGAAGACGCAGAUCAGUGACCUCGAAAGAUUCAUUCAGUUCAUUCAAGGAGAGGGCUCGGACGGAAAACCUAGGUGCACCUGCAAUUGUCCCGUGCAUGGGAAGGUCGAUGUGUUGCACUCGGAGACGUCAAGCGAGUGCUACGCUCCCACAAGAAAGUACAAGGACCAACUUCGGCAGGCUCACAAGGAGAGCCAGGAGGCCCAGCACAAGAUUCUGCGGCGCAUGCUGACGCUGCUGCACAUGUUCGCGCUCACCCAGUUUGGCUGUGGCCGGCGGGGCUUCCAGAGGAACCUGAUGAAGCGCACGCCCAAGGGAAACCACUGGGGGGACCUGCGGGCCCGCCUUGAAGUGGCCAUCAAGCAGGUGAUGGAGCUGGCAAGCAAGCAGGAGCCGGUGUGCGUCGACAGCGACUACACCAGCGACUCGGAGGACACACCGGUCGUCCUCUGCAAUGAAAAGCUGACAACCGCCGUUCGAAAGGACCUCGCUUCGGCUCUGCGGGAUCUCAUUCAACACGGGCUGAUGCAGCUAGGGCAAAGCAGUAGUUUGGUCCCCUUAGGAUGCCUAUCUCUACGCUCUGCCAACGCGCCCUCGCUCCUUCACGCAUGGGACCUUGUCCUUCGCUACUAUGAAAUCAAGAACGGUGACCAGUUCAACGCAUCUCCUGCUAGGAAGCUUUCGGAGAGCUUCAAUCUCGACGUCAUCGGUGGAACUUCGGAAACGCCCAAGCAUGCACUGCUGGCUACCAUCCAUAACAUCAUAUCAAGCCACACACCGCUGAAGCGCAGCUAUGACUCCCACUUCAAGGCUUUUGUCUGCGCCGCACUAAAUGAGAAGAGGCUCACCUCUUGGCUACGGCUCAUGUUCAAGUGCAGACCUCUCGUGGAGCGCUACUACGUCCACUGGAGCUAUGUUCGUAAAACAGGGUUCGAGGAUGCCUUGCGCUCUCUGGACAGCUUGGCUGCUUUUGACUUCGACUUGCCAGUGGAUCUGGCUAUUCGGCAGCUGCAGAACAUGAAGGACGCCUUUUGAUGCGUCGUCACGCUCCUAGUCCACCCUCCUGAACACGGUCUCCCGAGAUGCGGUUCGGUCACGGUCCAGGUCUUCCGACUCGGAGCCGCAACGAGAAACCUAGGCGGAAAGAUUGUGCGGUCCUCGCCGAAGUAUGCGGCUUGAAAAACAACAUGCACCGUACCUGCGGCGUAAUUUAUUGCUUUUUUUUAAAUUCCAGAAGAGGGAAUGGGAUUGUGUGAAGUAAUAAGUUGGAUUUCUUGGGAAAACAAAUGUCACUUUAGGGCUGCAUGGGUAGAAUAACUUGUUUCUAGGUUUAAUUUGGAUUGUUUGAAGUAGUAAUUUCCUUGAUUUGAAGAAAGAGAAUGUUGUUCUGUGUUGGUAUAGUACCUGUUUCUAUGGUUAUUUUGAGUGAACUUGGGCCCAUUUUAUUGGACAGUGUUUUAUUCGAUCACCGUUUCGAACGGUUCAAAGUUGGAAAUAUGGUUGUAAGGGCUUAGUGCAAUCUCAACGAAUUGCAGUCACGAGAGCUCAAACAGAAUGGCAUUGAACAUUGGGAAAGAUAGGGUGAAGGCAGAUAUCAUAGCAGGUAUGCAAGAUGGACAAACGAUAGGUUUAUAACUUGUUACUUGUAUGUGCGCCACUUGUUCCAUUGUGUUUCGCUUCAGAAAACAGCCAGGUGUGUAAUGUGCCUGUGGCGACAUGGAGGAUCAUGAAAAUUGAGAAACUAUGAGUUGAGUGAUUGUGAAGACCGUCAUUGAGAGAUUGUAUGGGGGUGAAAUGAGGUAAUGCUGUUAUUUUGAGGGAACAGUAGUGAAAAUAUCUUUUUUUAAGAGGAUCUGAAUUUGAUCAAUGAUGUGAUGCUUGUGCAGGCAAUUUCUUGCAACUAUUUUGUGCUGCGACUUUUGACAACACAUGUUUUUCUCUAGCAUUUUCUCCAUGACUUGGGAGGUUGUGAUUGUUGUUGCUCUUCAAUUCUGACCACUUUUAUCUUAAGUUCAUUGAGUCAAGGCAAAUGCUCUUUUUACAUUUCUGAACCUUGCUUGUUAGAUGAUUUGAAUUUAUAACAUAGUUUGGCAUGCACAGUUGCAAGUAUUCUUAUGAAAGGAGUGUUUUGCAAAUAAUACUCUGAGGUAAAUGAGCAAUUCAUUUAGGUAAGACUUAACACUUGAGGUAAUGUAAUCGCCAUCCUGUUUUCUCUUCUGAUGAUUUUGUGCAAUAUGUUUAAUUAAUACCUCCUCUUUUUACAUUUGUGAAGGAGGAUUUUGCUGCAGUGUGGCAAAACAAAUCACACUAUGGCAUUUUUUGUACUGAGAAAGAAUGUGUUGGUGUGUAACGUUGUAACCUGGUUGUAACCUCCAAUUGUUCUAGUCACGUUUUGAAACCAACAUUUGUAAACAAAAUAUAAGAAAAGCAAAAAAAAAAAAAAAAAGCUGUUACGAGCAUGACUUGUUACGUUGAAACUUUGAACUUGUAUCAAUACCAAUCAUACCGGUGCAGAGAUCUUGUUACUUGCAUUUACGAGACUUUAGGCAACAUAACAUACUGCCGUUAGUAGCAUUCUGCAUUCAGAUCAUUCUCUGUUGAAUCAUACGUUACCCUAACGGCAACCCUCAUUAUUAAUAUAGUCGACCGACUUUAAAGCACCAUUCUUCAUUCCUUUACAACAUCUGUAUAUCUCAGAAACAAGCAUACAUUUAUGUGGCAGGUUGUGUGUCAAAACAGGGCCAGUGGAUAUUUUAUCCCCUAUACGCAAAGGAACUCACCUGCGAUUCAGUGUAUUGUGUACAACGAGUUCAUUUUAUCAUUAGGCGGUUCUUUGUUUGGCAAUCCUGACACUCAACCAGUUUUUUUAUAAACAAACGUGAGGUGGAAUUGGCUUUUCCCCAUUUUGUGGAAAAGAGUCUUCACUGAAUGAACCCCUUUGCUGAAGGUUUUUAAUCACUGAACAAUAUGUGUUUCAUGUAUUCAUAUCCAGCUCUCCUACUUAAAAUGAAAAGAAGGAAGAAUAGUGUCUUAGAGAGCAUUGUUUAUUGUGCUGUUAACCCCUGCAAUAGGAUCUCAUCAAACUGCAAGUUUUUUCCUCAUGGACUAAUUUUUCUAACCUUUCAAGACUUCCAUGUUUGUUUUGGGGGGGGGAACGAGGUUUCUCAUUUGACCUGUUACUUAAUCAUCCAGUUCUAUCACCUCUGGUGACAGUUACCAGCAAUUACCUUUUUUAACGUUAUUGACUCGUCUGAUACUAUGUGUGUGAUUGUGUGAAAUGUCCUCGGGUUGUGUGGUAAGUGUCUGAACAUGUAAUAAAUCAAAAUAAACAGGGUUCUCUACAUCA